AAGACCACCGGAGCGAUUUUUUUUUCGAUGUGAGAGGCUUCAGUUUUCAGAACUAAGUUUUUGACGGAUGGAUCCUGGUGUGUACAUAGUUACAAUGUAGUUGGUUACUUUGCAGAAUAGGAGAUAUGUCGACUCUUGCAGGACUCAAUAAGAAGGCCACUAAAAAAGCCUUGCCAUGGGGCCAGUCGAAAGACAAAGACAGCGGAGAGAAGAGCUCUGGAAACAAAAUGAGCUUUUCUUUAGGUACGAAAUCAUCCACGAGUCCUGCUCCGGUCUCCAAACGCAGUGCUCUCUUCAAAUCGAAAUCGGAGCGUGAAAAGGAAGAUCGUAAGAAGAAUGAUGAGCAAGCUACUGCUGAAGUAUUUGCCGAGUUUGUGGCUUCCUUUGAGGAAACGCCAACUGGACAAGGCAAAGCGUUUGUACGUGGAAGCGUCAUCAAUGCUGAGACAGAAGAGAGUGAGAGUAGUGCAAGUGCAAGUGGCCACAAAGGAUCACUGUACAAACCAACUUCCCGCCUGGCUGAAUCCAUCAAGGAGAAGACCAUAGCGCACACCAUGUCUACCAUAGCUGCAGGAUCUGGAAUCCUGGGACCAUAUCCAGGAGAUUCUCCUGGUGCCAAACCAAAACGACCGAAGGAGAAAGAAAAGAGCAAGAGCAAGAGCAACCUGGAGAUGUUCAAGGAAGAGCUGAAAAGGGAGCAAGAAGAGAGGGAUGAACGCCAUCGCUUGAAGAAGACCUUGCAACAAGAGGCUGUACGGAUCGGUUCAACACCUCCAGCACUGCAGAAAAUCAUGGCCAGUAUGUCGGUGUUGCUUCGCAGUACAUUGGAGCGUGGUGAACGUGGUGAAGCCCCAGGGCACAUCAGUGGUGGCUCUCAUGAUCAUGGUGAUCCACAGACAACCAAUCUGUAUGUGGGAAACUUGAGUCCUCAGAUGAAUGAAGAGUUGCUAUGCUUGACCUUUGGCAAGUUUGGUCCCCUUGCUUCUGUCAAGAUUAUGUGGCCAAGGACAGAUGAGGAGAAAGCUAGAAAUAGGAUGUGUGGAUUUGUUGCUUUCAUGUGUCGUGAAGAUGGCGGCAAAGCACUCGAUGCGUUGAAUGGAAAGGAGGUGAUGGGAUUUGAGUUGAAGAUGGGCUGGGGUAAGGCUGUGCCCAUCCCCCCUGUUCCUUUCUACGUUGCACCGGAGCUGCAGUCAACUGUUGCUGCCACUAUGCCACCGCCUCCAUCUGGAAAACCGUUUAACGCUCAAUCUCGUGAUACAGUCAAGCCGGGUGCAAGACGCUCCACUCUCUCCUCAUCUGGUGGUAAAGAUGAUGAUAAUGAGGACUUGCGUAAUUUGGUCAUCCCUGUGGUUAUUCCACAUGAUCGAAAUCUUCUUUGUGUGAUCCAUCGAGUGAUAGAGUUUGUUGUACGGGAAGGACCGAUGUUUGAAGCUAUGAUUAUGAACAAGGAAAUCAAUAAUCCCAUGUUUCGGUUUCUCUUCGACAACAAAGAGCCAGCUCAUAUCUAUUACCGAUGGAAGUUGUGUUCCAUCUUACAGGGUGAGCGGACAGACAAGUGGCGCCUACAGGAGUUUGGUAUGUUCAAAGGUGGGUCAGUGUGGCGCCCACCACCUAUGCCACAAAUCAAAACAACUCUGCAGGCACCAACCAUUGAAGACCCGAAGCUGAAUGUUCCAGCUCUAGUAGACAAGAAAGGACAAUUGUCUGAGAAGAAUCGUGAUUUCUUGGAGGAUAUGCUUCACAAAAUUACGAUCGAUCGCCAGACGAUUGCUGAUGGCAUGGUGUUCUGUUUAGAUCAUGCAGACUGUGCUGAAGAGAUUGUGGAGUGCAUCACAGAGUCACUGUCGAUUCUUGAAACGCCCAUUCCUCUAAAGGCUGCUCGAUUGUACCUGGUAUCAGAUAUACUCUACAACUGCAGUGCUGGGGUACCGCAUGCUUCGCAUUUCCGACGUGGCUUUGAAAGUCGCCUGGUGGAGAUCUUCCAACAUCUCUGUGAAGCAUUCCUUGCUAUCUCUGCCAGAAUCCGCGCUGAUAAGUUCCGACAACAAGUGCUGAACUGUGUGCGUGCCUGGGAGGAAUGCGCUGUGUAUCCACCGAUGUUUCUGGUCAACUUACGGGCUAUCUUUCUUGGCAAAGAUGACCAACCUAGCACAAUGGAUGGUGACGUUGACGGUGCUCCCAUUGAUAUGGAUGGAUUGCCAUCUCAGGCUCCUCCUGGGCAGAGUAAUAUACCGCCACUGUCCGCAUCAACAGCAGUGGCACCAGCAGGCGCAUCACCCGGAGUAGCGGAUCUGGAUGGUGCUCCCCUUGAUCUUGAUGGCGAGCCAGUUGAGGAGCAGGAUGAAGAUGACUCAGAUGAUGACGUUGAUUUCACUGAUCGCAUAUCAAGCAACGCACGCAAUGCACCGUUACCUUCAUUCAAGACACCGGCCGCGGCUAGGCCAGGUAUUGAGCCACCACGUAUGCUAUCCAAAUGGGAGAUGGUGGAUGAAGGUGCAGA